CUAGCCUACCAUAUCUAUAUGUCAAAAGAACGGUAAUAUAUCCAUUGAAAAUACACAUCCCACCAUUCCAGUCGCCUCACGAUACAUUUUAAUCAAACAUGGCACCACAAGUGAUUCUGUAUGAAGGAAUUCCCUACUUCACACCCGCCAACAAUGGCGGGGCAGCCAAAGACCCCAAGAAUCCCGAUACCCCCACUCUAUUCCGCCCCCUCAAGAUCCGGGGCCUCAUAUUGAAGAACCGGAUCAUGGUCGCGCCUAUGUGCAUGUACUCAGCACAAUCCGACCCGUCCUCUCCCUUCGUCGGUGCCCUAACCAACUAUCAUAUUGCUCAUCUCGGCCACCUAGCCCUGAAAGGCGCGGGGUUGAUUAUUAUCGAGGCAACCGCUGUCCAGCCCAAUGGCCGGAUCACCCCUAACGACAGUGGGCUCUGGCAGGAGGGAACUGAGUCGGAGCAAUUCCAGGGACUAAAACGCGUUGUAGAUUUUGUUCACAGCCAGGGAGCCAAAAUCGCUAUUCAGCUAGCUCAUGCGGGUCGGAAGGCCAGCACUACGGCACCCUGGAUUGCAAAGGAGGCAGGAAAGGGCAGUCUACGGGCUGAGGAAAGUGUCGGCGGAUGGCCCAGCAAUGUUGUAGGCCCAUCUGGAGGUGCUGAGCACAUAUGGGCUCCGGGAGAUGGAUUCUGGGCCCCACGAGAGCUUCAUACCGCCGAGGUAGAGGAGCUCGUGGGGGCAUUCGCCAGGAGCGCUAAGCUGUCUGUCCUGGCUGGAGUGGAUGCAAUCGAGAUCUAUGGAGCCCAUGGCUAUUUGAUUGGCCAGUUUCUGAGCCCCGUUACCAACAAGCGAACCGAUAAAUACGGCGGCUCAUUUGAAAACCGGACACGGAUUCUGCGCGAAAUUGCUGCAGCCAUUCGGGCCGUGAUUCCUGUUGAUAUGCCUCUAUUUCUGCGGAUUAGUGCUACAGAAUGGCUUGAUGGCAAAGUUCCUGAAUUUUGGGAUCUGCCUUCAUCAGUUGCACUUGCUAAAUUGCUUCCUGAGUUGGGGAUUGACUUUCUUGACGUGAGCUCCGGUGGUAAUCACAAGGACCAGGUCAUCGAUACGCAUACCAACUAUCAAAUUGACCUUGCCAGCAAGAUCCGAAAGGAAAUUCGACAGGCUGGACAAAGCACAUUGGUUGGAGCCGUCGGGUUGAUUACGCAGGCAGAUGCUGCUAGCCAGAUAGUCCAGGGAGCACACAUCGACGAAGCGGAAGCAGCUGAAGCGAUGCUGACAGGCACACAACCAGAGGCUGACGCUGUGCUGCUAGGACGUCAGUUUCUUCGAGAAGCAGAUUGGGUGAUCAAUGCAGCGAAGAAGUUAGGGGUCCCUUUUACAGCACCUUGGCAGCUUAGCCCCGCAGUUUAAAGUAAUAUAGCGGAGGGAACAAUUCUUUAUAACGAAGAUUGAUAGAAAUCUUGGAAUAUCA